UCAAGGUUGACGGCUGUGUUAUAAGCACAUUUUCCUCCAAAAUGGAUUGGAAGCACCUUUUGUCACUAUCUCCUCAUAAUUUAGAUGACGUGCGAAAGGAUGGAGCAGCGCUGGAGAUCGCCAAUUUAUCAACAGACGUUAAGCUGGAUAGCAAAAGCAGUAAAAAGUUGUUCCGUUUGGCUCAGGUUGCACUACGGUUUCGCAAUGAGCAGGUGAGGCAGCUAAAGCAGACUUUAGUGGAGGGAAAAGAUGAUUUCGGAAGCCAGGAGCGAAUGAAGGAAUGGAAAAGAACGAUCGAAAAGCUUGAGCUGGAACGCCACACCCUUCGGACAAAGCUCAAAGACGUCACGGAAGAGAAUGCCAAGCUGCAGGCCAAGCUCGCCGAAGGACUGCAUGGCGGCAGUGAGGGUGAAGAUUCGCCCGAUGCUUUGUCGGAAAUUGAAAGACAGCAGGAGCUGUACAAUAACAUCAGCAUGAAGAACAAGCACAUUAAACGCCUUUUGCGCGAUAUUGACGAUUUGGAAAAGCGAAAUAACUUUCAGGUCGACACGAUUAAUGGGCUGCAAGUGAGCUUAAACGAUGCAACGCUAAAUAUUACGGCGCUAACGCAUCAGUACGAAGAGCUGCAGGCUCGCUGGAGCGAGCAGCAAGAGCUGAACAGUAAACUGAACGAAAAGCUGCAACAAAUGGAAGGUGAACUGAUGGGCGUGUGUGACGAGAAGGAAAAUUUGCAGGAGCAGCUUAACACAACCAGAACGGAGCACACGAACCAGGUCGCCGAAUGGGAGUACCAGAUUGAUCAACGGGAAAAAGAGUUGAACGAGCUGAAGAUUCGUUACGAUGAUCUGUUGAGUCAAUUCCCUGGUAUCGAUAUUGAGGCAGAACGGAGGGAGUACAAGCUGAUGGCGGAACGUCUCGAGCAGAAGGAUGAAAUAAUUGUCGAUUUGGAGCAAAAGAUAUUAACGCUUUCUAAAGAAAUUCAUCGCUCGACGGAGGUUAUGAACCGCAUCAGCGAGGAGAAGGCGCGUGAGAGUCAGGAAAAACGUCAGGAAAGCCACUGCUGCCAGGAGUACCGGAUGCAGCUGGAAAAGGCUAACGAAAGGUGUCGCGAGAUGCAGGAAAUCUUGGCCGAUGUUGAGGAUGAUAAUCGGGUGAAAUCAAAACAAGCCGUAGAAGCAAUUGAGGCACUGAGACGCUAUGAAAAUGGCGAAGAGGGUUUGGCCAGUGCCCUCAAGAAGGUAAACCGGUUGCAGGAAAAGGUGAACUCGCGCGACAAACAAAUUCGUCAGCUAAUAUCGGAGAUCAAUCUAGCGAACGAGAUAGCGAUAGAAAAUGGUGUUUUACGGAAACGGUUGGGCAUAGAAGACGAUGAGGUAGUCGCUACAAGUUCCAUAUUGGCCAAACAGAAGAAAAUUGCCAAAGUGAAUGAGCGUUUGGCUCUUAAGUUGCGCGCUUCCGAAGAGAUGAGAUUGCAGCUAAAGUUGGAGAAAAACGAUUUGAAGCGACAAUUGGCUGCUCUGGCGCAGAAUUUAAAGAGACAAACUAAUAAUUCAGACGUGCCAGACCCCGAUACGGGUAAAACGCUGCCCCAAUCUCCUGGCAAGGGAAGUGUGACGGAUGUAGACGAUCUGGUUGCUUCUAUCGACGACGUGCAAGCAAUAAAGUUCUGUGAAAAGUGCAUGAAGCAGUACAACGUGUACGACAGUAUGAAACAUUGCAAGGCGUGCAUUUUUCGGCACAGUUUCAGUUACUGCGACAAGUGUGUCGGGCAGCUACAGAUGAACUUUGACGAGGAUCGUCCGAAGGGGACAUCGCGCUCCGCGGAAACGGACGCUAACCACCAUCGUAUCCGGGAGCUAGAGCAACAAUACAUCACCGUAAUAGAGGAAAAUGAAAAUCUACGCGAAGGAAUGCAUGAGAUUUUGGAAAAGCUCCGCGAGUACGAUGCCAUGUCGGACCGGCUGACGAUUGACAGAGAUACGUUGGAAAAGCUGCUGAACGUACUGAGCGUACGGCCGAUGUCGGUGGGUUGGCACAGCGGUAUGCGGUUGCCGAACGAUCUACUAGCUGCUGCUCGGGAACGUGAGCUGCUGUUGAAGGAACGGUUAGCCAUAGUGGUGGAUGCAGAUGCAAACGGUAGGAUAAGUAAAAGCAUUCAAUCGACCGAGAGCGUUAACGACUCGGGCAAUGUCUGCAACGAGGAUGAUAAUUCGGAAUCGAUCGAACGGCUGGAACCGGAGCAGAUUGAUUUCAGUGAGCAGGUGUUGCUGAAAGCGGUAGAAAUUGACCGUUUGAUGGAGAAGAAUGAACAGCUGCGGGUGGAAAAUGAGCGACUUUUGGCGGUGCAGGAUGAGCUACAGGUUACGCAAAAGCUGUACACCGAAAUGCUGCACAUUACCAAUGCAUCGGAGAACGAGAAAGACCGACUGUUGGUGCAGACGGUCGAUCGGUUGCGGGACAUCGAAUCGGGAGUCUGUACGCUCCAAAGGAAAGUUGACUUCCUUAAAGCGGAGAAUGAUAAUCUGCACAACUCAUUGCGUCAGAUCAAGAUCGAGCACCUUAAUCUUCUGCAUGAACUACGCCUGCAGCUGGCAACGAGGAGUAGCGAGUUAAAGCAACCCGAAGCGAUUGAUGGAGCCAAAGGCGAUUCGUUCGAUUCGCUUGACAGUGAUCAGAUUGAAAAAUUGGAAAGCGAGCUCAUGCGCAUGAAAUCUGAGGCGACAAAUAUUUAUAACAUAUUCCUGAAGAACAUCCGGGAGGUAGAUAAGGAUCAUUUGCUGGAGGUCGAUUACAGCAAAUUAAAUCAACUAUCCAUAGUUGAUAACAGUUUGGCAGUAGAGUUCGUUACCAAGGACGAGUACAAGCGAAUGAAGGACCGUUUAGAUGGGUUGGAGCGUGAGUUACAACGUGAACUAGUUAAAAGUGGCCAUUUAGAAGAGUUGCUGAAGGUAUCGAACGAACAGAUUAGAUCGCAGCAAUCUCUCAUCUCAAAGUAUUCUGAGGAAGAAGUGAGCCUCCGCCAUCUCGUAGUGGAUCUGCAAAGCGCAUCGAAUGAAAAGUAUUUACUCGCUCGUGCAAACAAGGAGUUGGAGUUGGUGCGCGAGCAAGAGGAAAAUUUGAAACUAGAGAACAGCAAAAUGAAACUAACGCUUCUUCAGAAACUGGAAGAAUUGGACAACCUGAAACUGCGACAUGACCAACAGAGACAAGAAUUUAGUGCCGAGCAAAGAGAUAACAAACUGAAAAUAAGAUUUUUGAAGAAAAGCUUGCAGCUCUUAACGAUAGGCCAUCACUCAUACCUACCGACCUCUGCCAUUCCGGAGUUUAUAAAGAUGUACACAAAGGCGCUAGAAUUGCGCGAGAGUCUAACGGAGGAGCAGAGGAAAUAUCAGCAUCAAAUGCGGGACGAAGAGUACGAACGAAUAUUUGCAAAAUUGAAGGAGAAUCUUGAGGGAAAUCACAUACAGGAUAAAAUAAAUUUAAUUAAAUACGAAAGUCAAAGUGAGUACUUAACAAGGCAGCUGAUACUGUGUCAGGAGCAGGUUGAUCAGCUGCAGAGGGAAAAUAAGCAGCUAAGAAUGAAGGAAAUCGAUUACACCAGACAUUGGGAUACGCUGGAGUUACUGUUUGGCGAGGAAGCCCAACGAUCGCGCCAAGAUCGUGACAAGUAUUUCGAUAAAGCUGUGCAGGUUGCAGUUGAAACAUCAUCCAAAUGUAUCAACACGAUUCCAAUCAUUGAGGGAAUCACGCUGGGUGAGGGACCAAGAAGAUGCUCAUCUGGUGAUACGAUAAGCGAUUUCGAUGGUAGAAGCGAACAUAGCCAGACGGGUGCGCACGUUAAUGAGCAGAUCGCUGUGACUGUUCACACGGUAGCCCAGAGAUCGCUGGAAUCGCAACUGAAACAGGCAAUGAUGUUAGCUUCUACGAGAAGUGCGCUUCUACUAGAAGCCGAAAGUCGACUGUCUGAAUGUCAGGGAAGAAUUAAGUUGCUCGAAAAAUCCUUGGAGGAGAAAGAAUCAUUGCUAAAAGAACAAGCGCAGUCUCCGAGCGUUGCGAAGCACGAUCGCGUUGAGGAUAGCAUUCUUAGUACCACCAUUGGUUCGCUGCAGAAUUUGUUGCUAGAAAAGGACACGACAUUGUCCAGAUAUCAGGAGCUGUUGAAAUCAGAAAGAAGUGAGCACUCGCAAGUGUAUGAUGAAAAUAUGGCUCAAAUAAGAAAUCUGAAGAAAACGAUCGAUGAUCUAGAGCAGAAGCUGUACGAGAAGCAGAAGGAAUGCGACAACAUCGCCACCCAGCUCAACGAUAUGAAUCGGCUAAAAGCACUGCAGGAAAGUGUACCGGAGAAGCCAAGAUCUGUCGAGGACGAGGCGGCCACCGGGUCGUCAGACGCCGGGGCAAUCGACUAUACGGACAAAAUCAUUGAGAACAUCUAUGAAAUUGACGAGAAAAAGGAGCGUGAAAUUCAGGACCUGAAUGUGCAGGUGAAGAUGCUCGAACGCAACGUACAGGAGCUGGAGAACGAGCAGAAGCGCCUGCAGCUGCAACUUCGCGAUGCAAAUGCGCGCGAAAAAAAGAGCGAAAAGUUGCUGCGGGAAAAAGAAAUGGAACUGGUAGCGCUGAACGAUCGCCUGACGAAGGAAACGCACGAUUUGCGCGAGUUUACCGAAACAAUCGCUAGCGCCCAAGAAAUCGAGCAGCUGAAGGAGAUGCUUGAAGAGAAGGACCGCCACAUACAGGACCUCACGGAAACGUUAUCGCAGUUUCACGAGGACCAGCGGAGCUUCAUGAACGAUACGUCGCUACAUUCGGCUGAGCAGGUGUCGCAGCUGAGUGCGGACCUGAAUCGCAGCGAGGCCAGCAAUCGCGUGCUGAAAACGCAGAUCGAAGCACUCAAGCGCCAGAUCGUGAGCAUACAGCAGCGCGAGAAGCAGUCGCGCGAUCUGGUGAAGACGCUCAAGAACCAACUGAUUAAGCGGCCCGUCAUUGCGAUGAAAGCGGACCGUAUGUCCACGCCCAGGGAGGAUCAGCUUGCGCGUCGCGUUCAGCAGCUCGAAACGGAGCUGCUCGACACGAAGGACGAGCUGCGCAAACAGACGGCGAUAAACGAAAAUCGGCGCGCAAAAACGGCGGCCGAGUUGGAUCUGUGGAACAAGCAGAAGCGCUGGCAGCAGAUGGCAGAGCGUUUAAAGGUACAGCUGAAGGAGCGGGAGGUGGAGUUGGAAAAGCUUAAAGUUCACUUCAACACCGCCAAAACGACGAUCGCUCGGCUGGAGCGUGAUCGGACACGGUUGAACAGUGCGGGCACGGGUUCGGGUGCUCCUGCGUCCCUGCUGGACAACAAGUACCAACCGUCAGGCUCGCCGGACCAGUACUGCAGCACGGACAGUACGGAAUCCGAGGAUACCAGCAUGAUCACGACGCAAAUGUUCACGCAAAACAGUAAGGAAAUCAUUGAAGCGCUCAAGAGCCGCAUCGAAUCCCAGCAGCGAAGAAUUAUUGCGAUGGAACUUGAUAGAAAGGGUUCCAAUACGGUGGCACAUGAGCUGGAAAAGAUGCAGGAGAAGCUUUGCAACAUGGAGGCGCAGAAUGUACGGCUGGAAGCGAAAACGUUGCAGCUCCAGCUCGACAACGACAUGCUGCGGCAGAGUGACGAAUCCGAGAGGCUGAAGCGGCAAAUCAAGCAUCUCGAAGAGUAUGUGAUCGCUUUGAAGGAAGAAAUCGCCAAAGCAACGGCCGGAUGUCCAGAGUCUAUCAAUUUCGAGAAUCUCUGCGUGCGUUGCAGCCGGCGAAGCGGCACGAACGACCUAGCGGAGCGGAAUGCUAAUCUCGAGCAAACCGUACUCACCCUGAAGCGUAUGAUCGAGAAGCUUCGGGCCGAGAACAAGCAUCUGAAAGAGCAUCGCAAUCGCGAACGAGCGGCUAGUGCGGAAUCGCUUGCCAACCCGCCGAAUGAAACGAUCGCCAAGGAGCUGUACGAUCGGCUGAAGAAGGAGCACGAAAAGUUGCAGCAAAAUCUUACCGACGCGCUCAACAAAGUGUCCGUGCAGCAGGUGGAAAUAGAACUGCUGUCGAGCGUCACGUGCACCCGGUGCAAGGUGUGUGCGGGCGCAGCGGGGUCCGGCGGACCGAACCGCGCUGAUCCGGCGACCGGAGCAGACGAAGAGUUGAGGGACAAGCUGGAGAAGAAAAGUCAGCUGCUGGAGAAGGCUAAAAUUUUGCUGCAGCGUGCCGCGGCAAAGGAGCGAUAUCUGAAGGAGCAAAUCGAUCUGCUGCGCCGCAAAUGCUCCGAUCUGCAGAAUGUGCCGGUAAUAGACGAAAUUAGCGAGUAGAGGGGAAAGGUGACUGGUUGUUUCGGAUAUUUUUGUACGUCUAUUAGGGCUGCUCAUAAGAAAGUAUAGAAAUUAAGUUAACAGAACAAUUUUAAAUCAUUCGAUAAAAUAUAAUAUGGUAAAGAAAAUACGGUUCACUUACAAAACAGUGGUGCUUUCUCGUAUGCCGUGGGCUGAUU